AUGUCCCUGCUGCGAAGCGCGCAUCGACCAUACAGCCACCUAAACGACGAGGACGACCUCCUACGUUAUCCAGAGCCAGACUCCUUCGGCGGUCCCGCUCUCCCCGCCAGCCAUCUCGUAGAAGAAGGGCAUCGCACUCGUUCCUCCUGGACAUUGCGCAACGCCUCCAAGAUGUGCGCAGUGGCGGCCAUCACCACCCUGGUGACUCUCGCAGUGCUCGUGACGGUGGCUGCUGCCCUGCUCGCGUCCACCGCCAGCCCCGCGAACAAUUCGUCCGACUCCACGGUCGACGGGGGUUCCACCGCGUCGUCGUCGGGAGGGGGGGUCAUCGAUAGUGUGGUCCGUGUCCGGUCCGUGGGCUGUGGAGAGGUGGCGGGCGUCCUCGAAGACGGAGCUUUUGUCUUCAAGGGUCUGAGAUACGCCGAGGCCCCAGUGGGAGAUCGACGCUGGCGCCGUCCCGUCAAGGCCAGCCCGGAAUCCUGCGGGGCUGGACGACAAGCGGCCAUCUUCGGUUCCCCGUGUCUCCAACUCAACCCGGUCACGAAAAAGUUCGAGGGUUCCGAAGACUGCCUGUUCGUCAACGUGUGGACGCCGCGCAUCGACGUUACCGCUGGUCUCGAAGUGAUGGUCUGGAUCCACGGCGGGUUCCUACAACUGGGCUCCGGUCACACCCCCGGACUGAGUCCCUCGGGCCGCCUCGCCCGCAAGCUUAACCUGGUCCUGGUGAGCUUCAACUACCGUCUGGGCCCGCUCGGAUUCCUGGCCCUCGGAGCCCUGGGCCCGGAAACCAACCAUGGUCUUUGGGACGCGGCGCUCGCACUCGCCUGGGUCCGGGACAACAUUCGACCUUUGGGUGGAGAUCCAAAUAAGGUUACGGUGUUUGGAGCUGAUGCCGGGGCUGCCGUCGCCUUGUCCCUCCUCGCCGCCGCACCCAGAGCUGACUGGGGUCCUCUAUUCAGAUCGGCUUGGCUCGUGGGACCGGCGUCCGUCCUCAACCGCACAUACGCCCAGGUCGCAAAGCACAACAAGGCCUUUUUUCUGCAGCGAUCAGGGUGCACGGACGCUGCCUGCUUGAGGGCGCUGGACGCCCACGACGUCAUCAAGGCGCACCUAGGAAAAGACGACCCGUCCUUCAGAAUAAGGGAUCAAAACGACCUCCCCAUUCAGGGAAUCUUCCCCGAGCAGUUUCUCGUAGUCGACGGCACCCUGCUCACCAAGCCUCCAGUAGAGAUGGUUGAAGCGGAUUCCAAAUCAGACAUUCCAGUUCUCAUUGGCUCUUCUACCCAAGCCAUCGAUGUCUGGCCCGGUCCGGACGACCUCAGACACUGGUCGUGGAACCAGUACAAGAAGUAUGUCACGACCAGCCUGGACAGUUUCGGAUCCGGUAUCACGCAAAUGGCGCUGCAGUUGUACAAUGUCACCAAUACAACAGAUUCGAGUGUGACACCCGAGAUGGUUUACAGCGGCAUGGUGUCUGACCUGAGGGUCGGGUGCCCCGCGGCCAGCAUGGCAUUCGACCUGGCAUCAGGCUUCCAGAGUCCCAUCUAUAGAUACGUCACGGACGUACGGCCGUCCAGACCGGUGAAGCUCCUCGGCCACGAAGCUCCAUACAGCUUCCAUCCCUGGGAACUGGUGGCCUUUUUCGAUCAGCUGGACCUCUUCCUUCCCGCCGCCAGCGGGGGACCCUCGGCCGAAGACCUGUCCCUCAGGGACGCCGUCCAGGAACUCGUCCUGUCCUUCGUGCGGUCCGGAGGUCGUUCCGUGCCCGUGCCGGACUGGCUCCGCUACCCCAAGGUCGUCGCCAUCUUGACCGGCGGCGGGCUCACGUCGUCGUCGUUCGGCAAUGUCACGUGGAACACCGUCCCCGCCAACUCGUACCAGAAGACUGAGUGCAAGUUCUGGACUUCGGAGGGACUCACGCAGUACGCCUGGGUCAGCUAA